AUGCGUGAACAUCGUCGCGUAUUCCACCAGUUCCUAAACCAAGGUCAAAUCUCGCUAUACCAGCCUAUCAUUGAAGAAGAAGUAUACAACUUCGUGAAGGGGAUUCCAACCGGGCCUGCCGAUCUGCGCGACCAUAUCCGUCGGAUGGCAGGGGCUACUAUCAUGCGUAUCUCCUACGGAGUACGGGGAGAAUAUUCUGAGCGUUUGAUUGAGAAGGUCGACACGUUCAUGCGAGGGUGGGGAGAAUACGCUGCUCCGGGACGGUUGCUGGUGAGUUUCUUCCCGUCGAUGAAGUGGAUUCCAUCGUGGGUUCCGGGAGCGGGUUGGAAGAGAAGAUUGGAGGCCUUGGCCCAACUGGGCCUCGAAGUAAUCACCCAACCAUUCGAGGACGUCAAAGCUAAGGUGGCAGCCGGGGAGCAGGGGGUGUACCACAACAUUGCUAGGUCCCUCGUCGAGUCUCUUCCUGACGAAAGUGACCCUACGCACGCUGAAUUGAAGCAGAUUGCUCGCAACGUCUCGGGGAUAUCUUACGUUGCUGGCUCUGACACGACCAUCAGCUCAAUUUACGGGCUCCUUCUGGCAUUGGCCAUGAAACCUGAGGUGCAACGCGAAGCUCAGGCUGAGAUCGACGCCGUAACUGGAGGAGAUCGCCUUCCAACCUGUUCGGAUAAAGUGGAACUGCCAUAUGUCCAAGCCAUUGUCAAGGAGGGAGGGCGAUGGCAUACAGUUCUUCCACUGUGUCUACCUCACAUGUCCGUGGACGAUGACGUUUAUGAUGGCUACUUUAUCCCUGCUGGAACUUGGAUCAUCCCCAAUUCCUGGGCUGUGAUGCACGAUCCGGAAAUAUUCGAAGACCCUAUGGAAUUCAAGCCCGAAAGAUACUUGAAAGACGGAGUGAUCGAUCCCUCUGUCCUCGACGCAGAGUCUGGAUCGUUCGGUUAUGGUCGUAGGAUAUGCCCUGGGCGGUACCUUGGUAUGGAGACGAUCACUCUCACCAUUGCAUCGCUUCUGGCUGUAUUCGAUGUGAGGCCAGUCAAAGACGAAGCAGGACGUCCCAUACCACUUGAAUAUAUAACUGAGUCCGGGGUGCUAGUGUCGCCACUUCCAUUCAAGUGCGAACUCGUGCCCAGAUCCCCGAGGCAUGCAGAACUGUUGCGCUCGUAG